GCCUGAAUUCAAUGUUUCCAUAGCAACCAAAAUAGUAUUAUUCCUGGAAUAAGCUAAACUGGUUUUAUAAUUUUGUACAUUUAAUCUGAAUUUUACUCCCUGUUCAAAUAUAUAAUUCGUUAAAAUCAAAAUCAAUGUCCUUAGUGGAGAUAACGCAUCAUGACGAAGUCAUAUACAGAAUACUCGAUAAGCCUCCACCAGAACCGCCCAAGACGCCUCGGUAUGAAUCAAAACUGGAAAGAGAGCUUAAAGAAACUAAAAUUCCUCAGAGAAGACGUACUUUUGGAUACGCAGAGACGCCUUUGAAGCCGCCGGAACAAUUCCUAAAGAAAGGUGAAGGUAUUGGUCAGCCGCCUAAAAAAUCUGACCAUAAGUGCAUCAUCGGCAAUUUACCUGCGGUGCCUAGAUGUCCGCCCCCGGAAAAGGUUAAGGAAAAGCCUAAAAUUAAUAUUCGUGUGCGGAAUAUGAAAGCAGUCUUAAAAGCAAAACCGCGACCAGUUGAACCAAGGUUAGUGGAUACUAGAGAUGGCCACAUAAAAAAGAUUAAAGGUUCUGGUGAAGUUCCGGAAUAUUGUCUCAGACCGGAUUUUGGACAGAUGCCCGAAUAUUUGGUCAAAAGAAAUCGGAAAAUUCAGAAGAGAUUGGAAAAAAUGAGAUUAGCCGAAGAAAACAAGGAAAGCCUAUGCAAACUCAUUAAUGAACAGGAGCGACAAAAACUUUUAGAUGAUCUGAAGCAAAAUUGGCAAUUAAUGCAAAAGGCCUUCUUGCAAUUGCCGAUGCUCACGGACACGGUACCGAAAAUUGUCAGAAAAACUAAGAUGGAACAAGAACUUCGUCAAUUGGAGAAGGAUAUCGCCUUAGUUGAAUCAAAUCCCUACAUCUACAUAUAUGAAUGAUUUCUUUAUGCAAAUUAUUUACUAAUUGCAUUUUCGUUUAUCUAAUAUUUUUUUCCUGGAAGAAUGGUUUUUAUCUAUUAUAGUUUUGUUAUUAAAAGUUUGAUUUUAUCUUA